AUGUCUGAUCCGGAGUACGACAUUGUCAUCGUGGGAGCAGGUCCCAAUGGCCUCAUCAUGGGCAAAACCUACCUGGAAGUCAACCCUGACGCAAGGAUGCUUCUGCUUGACGAGUGUACAAGUGUGGGCGGCACAUGGGCUACGGAAAGGUUGUAUCAUGGAUUGAAGACGAACAACCUCGAAGGCGGCUACGAAUUCAGCGACUUUCCGAUGCAAGGCCAGGAACAGUACGGUCUCCAACACGAUCAGCAUAUCCCAGGUACUGUGAUGAAUCAGUACAUGCGCGACUUCGCCAAUCACUUUGGGCUCAGCGAUCGCGUUCGCCUCAGGUGCAAAGCACACACCGUCCAGCGCCUUGACGACGGAACAUGGCUUGUCAAGUAUUCGACGCAAGGCGGCGAGGGCAAAGUCUAUACACGGAAGCUUGUCAUCGCCACUGGCUUGACCAACGCGCCAUUCAUUCCGGUCUUCGAAGGGCAGGAAACAUUCGGCAGGCAGGUUUUGCACGUCAAAGAUCGAGCGACCUACGACGUGAAAGCCGAGAGCAUUGUUCUACUCAAUGCAACCAAGUCUUCCUUUGAUGCCGCUUAUGCAUAUGCAAAGCGUGGUGUGCAGGUCCACUGGGUCAUCCGGAAAUCUGGCCAUGGCCCGUGCUGGAUGUCGCCGGCACGAGUGACUCCCCUGAAGAAACGACUGGAAGAUAUCGGAUGUGUUCGGUUCAUCAGCUGGCUGAGCCCUUGUAUUUGGUCUGAGCACGAAGGUUUCGGAUGGUUACGGGGCUUUCUGCAGCAGACAUGGAUCGGAAGAAAGCUCGUCAGCGCCAUAUGGGGACUUAUCAACCAGGAUGUCGUGACGUUGUCGCGCUAUGACGAGCAUCCGGAUACAGCGAAGCUGAAGCCAUGGGGAGACAUCGUGUGGUACGCCUGCACCCUCGGCAUAUUCAACUACGAUGACGACUUCAUGGCGCUUGUUCGCAACGGAUCCAUCAAGAUCUACGAUGAUGAUAUCGAUCAUCUCUCGUCCGAUACUGUCCACUUGACUUCUGGCACGCAACUACCGGCAGGCGCGUUGAUAUGUUCCACAGGCUGGGACCAUCGCCCUUCGCUGAAGUUCGAGCCACCAUCGCUUGCAGCAGAGCUCGGUAUUCCGUCAAGCGAAUCGGCGGUGGAUUCCUCGAUGGUUGCCAAAGCAAACGCAAUCAUCAGCAUAGCGCUUCCGUGGCUCACGCAGAACCGUCCCGUCAUCGACGCAAACUACAAGCCUUUACUGAAGAUGGACCCCGAAACGAAAGCUGCUGUGUCCGAUCCGCGGACCGAGCCAUACCGUCUCUUCCGCUUUCUCGUCCCACCAAAGCAUCUCAACAGCUCCUCUCCUUCCAUUGCCUUUCUGGGCUUCACGUGGGCGAUCCCGACAGUGAUGGUCGCUCAGGCGGCCGCAUUGUGGAUCACAGCCUUCUUCGAUGGGUCGCUCAAGAUGCAGCAGUCCACGAUGGACCCUGAACAGAUUCUAUGGGAGACUGCGCUCCACACCCAAUUCGCGCAGUUGCGGUAUCCUGGUGGGUUUGGUGCGCGGUUUCCCGACAUGGCUUUCGAAGCGGUGCCGUUUGUGGAUAUGCUGAUGGGCGAUCUUGGACUGGAGAAGAAGCGGAAGAAGGGAGGCUCGUGGCUAUCGCGUAUGUGGCGGGAGACUUGGGAACAUUACAGUAUUCGCGACUAUGAAGGUCUAGUCCAGGAGUGGCUCUCGAAGACGUCGGGGACGAGGCGGACUACCGUGGCAGAGAACGGGAACGUCGUCUUGAAAGGGCGAGCAAAUGGGCAUGCAAAAGGGAACUGA